UAUUAAAUUUGUCCAUUUGUAAAAUAUAUAUAAAACAAUUCUCUCUUCUAACCAUCACAUUCCACAUUCUACAAACUCUCCCCUUACAUUUUGUGCAUCCAAAAUGACAACCCACAAAAAAGGAGUAAUGUAUGUCUACAAACUCGACACCGGAAACCACCAACCGGAGCCUCAUCACCACCCAUCACCGCCGCCACGAACCGCCACCGCAAAGAAAACCAUUACACAUACCUUGGGAGCAUUGUUCAAUAGAUCCAAAACCUACCAGGAAACCAAUCACCAUCACAACUCAAACAAACAAGACACACAAAAGGUCGUUUUCGACGGAGGCAGGCGGUCGGUUCCGGCGGUCCAAGAGGGCGAAAAAUUGGUUUCAAUGAUCGAAAAAGGGCGAAAAACGGUUUCGGGGACGGGUGUGGGGAGAAAACCGGCGGUGGCAGGGCGGAGAUCGGCGGAGAACAGGGCGGAGAUGGUGAUGGUUGAUGUGGGGAUGGUGGCGGAGUUGCUAGGGGUGAGGAGGGUGUUGGUGACGGACAUGCCGGGGUUCAUGCAAGUGCAUGCAUUCCGGUGUGCUAGACAAAGUUUGGGUAGUUUGGAAAAAUUUAGCCCCAAACAAGUUGCUUUUAACAUUAAAAAGGAAUUUGACAAGGUAUAUGGGCCAGCAUGGCAUUGCAUUGUGGGCUCAAGUUUUGGGUCAUUUGUGACCCAUGCAACCGGUUGUUUUCUUUAUUUCUCGAUGGAAAAAUUAUAUAUUUUAGUUUUCAAGACAAAAGUUCAGAAAACUGUGAAGUUUUCUCCUUAAUAAUAAGAACUAGAUUUGUUGA